GCGCGCCACAUGCCGAACGAGGAUAUUUAUGGCCUCAUCCUUAUUCUCGUCAAAAAUGUAGAACUUGAGAGGUUAUCAGUUUGCACUGGGCAGUCGUUUAGAAAAUAUCGUUUGGAACUUUUGAAACUAAUUCCGAAAUUUUCAAGAUCAACUUCUUAAAAUUGUCGUACGAAAUGCAGCAAAAGCAAAUUGUUCAAAUAUUAACCAUAAUUCUGUCUCUGUCAAUUACAAUAGUUUUGACAGCCCCCGUAAACAAUGUGACGGACAAUGUGAUGGUUGAAGAUUUACGUUACCAAGACCCAACUCCAUCGACGUCAUCACCACCAUGCCAAAACUAUGCCCAUCAUAAUAGUGUUCCCCAAUUAGUCUUCCCAACGUGCAUGAGCUCUUCGAGUCCCGAGGGUCUGCGUAACGUGGUUAUUCAUGGUAUGGCCUGCGCAUGUGAUCUCAACACCCACGAUGUACAGAAAAGAGAUGAUUAUUACUAUACAGUGGGAAUUGGGGCGCAUAAACUACAUACUAGAGGUGCAACAUUUAAUAAUGCAAGGAAAGUAUGUAUUGAGGAGGGAGGGCAUUUGGCAGUCAUUGAUUCGGUUGCUGAAGAACAAGUAUUACUUGACCUGUUCAAACGAUCCGGACCCAUGAGGAAUGUAUCCCAGGAGGAGCAGGCGUUCAUUGGUAUUCACGAUCUAUUCGCCGAGGGCGAAUGGGUAACGGUUCUAGGUGAUUCGCUUUAUAAAUAUGGAUACACAAAAUGGAGCAAUCGUUGGGAUGGACAGCCAGAUAACGGAGGUGGUGUACAACACUGUGGUACACUAUUGAAAGAAGGAGAAAUGGAUGAUGUAAAUUGUAAUAUACAACUCGCAUUCUUUUGCGAAAUGCCCGGUAUUCGACUUGCCCAUUGAAACUUUCAUAUACUCUUAUAAUUGUGAAUGAUUCGUCGAUGCUAUUACAGCUGUCAUUCAGUUCACUUUACGUACAAUAAGAGAUUGGUAAAAUUCCAUCGUCUAUUGGAUUUAUCAUUAAGAGCAUUCUUUCACUUUUCCACGGCAUUGCUAUUUUGAAGAUAUCCAAAAAUGUCUUUGAAGUUGCAUCUAACCUUUUGAAUAAAAGAAUUUUCUACGCUUUCUCGA